CUCUGCUCCGCUCCUCCACCAUCCGCCGUGCCCACGCUUCGUCCGCCCACACACAGCGCCAGAUCUCUGCCGCAUCUUCACAAUGCCUGCCGACUCUCGCUUCGAUCUCUCUGUGUGGGACACGGCGGCCGCCGCCGCCAGCAAGAGCGCGGCCGAGGGCAGCACGCGCAAGAAGCGCAAGGCCGAGGUGCCGGAGCAGGCUGCCUCUGGCGGGCACAGCGACGACGACGAAGAGGCCGAGGAUGGCGACGGUUUUGAUGAGGGCUCUGAAGGAGGCACAGACGUGGGCACCGACGCCGGCGACGAUCCCGAGGCGAGCAGCGGCAAGAAGACGGUCGCGCCGCUCUCGGCCAAGGAGCUGGCGGCGUUCGAGGCGCGCGAGCGCGCCCGCGGCCUCGUGUACAUCUCGCGCAUCCCUCCGGGCAUGACGCCGGCCAAGGUGCGGCACCUGCUCUCGGGCUUUGGCGACGUGGAGCGCGUGUACCUGCAGGACGGCAGCGCACGCGGCAAGGAGAAGAGCAAGCGCGCAUCGGCGCACUACACCGAGGGCUGGGUCGAGUUCACGAGCAAAAAGGCGGCGCGCGCCACGGCCGCGCUGCUCAAUGCGCAGCCGAUCGGCGCCGCGAUGGGCGGCUUCGGCGGCGGCGGCGGCGGCAGCAAGAAGAACGGCGGCACGCCCAAGAACGCACGGCGCUGGCGCGACGAGGUGUGGACGAUGCGCUACCUGCCCGGCUUCAAGUGGGGCCGGCUGAGCGAGCAGAUCGCGCACGAGCGCGCCAGCCACACGUCGCGCCUGCGCGCCGAGCUGGCACAGAGCGCCAGCGAGAACAAGGACUACCUCGUCAAGGUCGAGCGUGCCCGCGUGGCGCGCGACAAGGAGGCCCGGCGCGCGGCGCGCCAGGCGGCCUCGGGCGACGGCGACGCCGCCGCCAAGCCAGCAGCCGACGAGCGGCGGAAACACACGUUCAAGCAGCGCGCCGCCGUGCGCUCCGACGUGCGCGACGCCGCCCCGGCGCAGUCGGAGGAGAAGAAGAAGGGCAGCGACGCUGGCGAGCGCGAGAAGCGGCGGAAGCUCGACGGCGUGCUGGGUGCCAUCUUCUAAUGACUGUAUGCUGGCCUGCGUCGGAGCAAGAGAUGUGUCAGUGGC